AAUUUCUUCCUUUUUACAACUGAAAAUGGCGGAGUAUGUGAAUUCUCUGGCCUCGGCAUUAGUUUUUGACUGUAUUUCGAAAAAAGAUAAAAAUUUGGCUAGCGUUUUCCAGAAGAAAUUCAAUGCUCCUACAUUGGACAAAGGUCCCAAUUUAAAUGAGGUCUUGAGUCAUUAUUUGAAAACUGGUCCAAAAGCAAAAACAAUCAAAUUGAGUACAGUACAGAGUGAGGAAAGUAGUAGUGAAGAAGAUGAUACCCCGAAACCAAAAUUGACAAAUGGUGCUGUAAAAGAAACUAAAAAAUCUGCCCAGAAAAAACCUGAGUCUAGUAGUGAAGACAGUUCUGAAGAUGAAAAGCCUAGUGCACCACCCACUCAGAAAUUGCCUGUCAAGCCUGUUAAGAAACAAGCACCUGUUCAGAAAAAAGCAAAGAGCAGUUCAGAAGACUCUGAAUCUGAUUCAGAAGCAGAAGAAACUGCAAAGAAACCAGCCCCUAAAGCUAAACCUGCUGCUAUAGUGAAGAAACAGGAAAGUAGCUCAGAUGAUUCAUCUGAAGAAGAAAAACCAGCUGCAAAGAAAAAAACAGUGCAGGCACCCCCACAAAAACCUGCAGCUAAACCUGCAGCUGCUGCAAAAAAACAGGAAAGUAGUUCAGAUGAUUCAUCUUCUGAAGAAGAAACACCAGCUGCCAAGAAACCAGCUGUGCAAGCACCUCCUCAGAAACCCACUGCUAAACCUGCUGCUGCUGCAAAAAAACAGGAAAGCAGCUCAGAGGAUUCAUCUUCUGAAGAAGAUAAACCAGCUCCAAAGAAGCCAGCAGUGCAGGUAGCUCAACAAAAGCCUGCUGUUAAAAGCCAAGCUGCCAAGGUAGCAAAGAAGACAGAAAGUAGUUCUGAAGAUAGUUCUGAUGAAGAGGAUACUCCCAAGCAGGCUCAACAGAAGGCACCUGUCAAGCCAGCUGUUAAACCUACUGCCAAACCAGUUCAAAAGAAAGAAGAAUCCAGUUCAGAGCCGGCCAAACAACCGCCCGCGAAAAAACCGAGCAGCAGCGAAGACUCCUCUUCCGAAGACGAACAACCAGCGAAAAAACCCGCCGCCAAACCGGCUGUCCAAACAACGCCUGCCGCCAAACGGAAAGCGGAAAGCAGUUCAGAAGAUUCUUCCGAGGAAGAAGCUAAACCGCCCGCGAAAAAACAAGCGGUCGUAGCUCCGGCAGCGAAAAAACCGGUUUCUGUACCCGCGAAAAAAACGAAAGAGAGCAGUUCGGAUGACAGUUCAGAGGAGGAAAGCAAGGCCACAGUGGCUGCGAAGAAACCGGUUGCCGUCGCCAAAAAAACGGCUAAAAAGGAGAGCAGUUCCGAGGAGGAGUCGAGCGAUGAGGAAACGGCUGCUGUGAAGGUUCCUGCUAAGCCUCAAGCGGCGGCGAAGAAGCCUACCACGAAGAAGGAGAGUAGUUCUGAAGAUGACUCGAGUGAGGAGGAAGGGUCUCCGAAAAAGCCGGCUGCCGUGUCCACUCCUGCACCCAAGAAGGUAGCUGCCAAUAAGGAAUCUUCAGAAGAUGAUGAAGAAGAAGAGUCACCCAAGAAAUCCAAAAAGAAAAAUAAAAAAGAAGAAGCAGAAGAUGAUGGUGACGAAUUGAAGGUCAAGAAACCAAAGUAUGACAAUUUCGUCAAGUCCGGACAAAACAACAGUUUCAACAACAGCAACAACAGUUUUAAUGGAAAUGAUAGGCGCACAGUAACGCCCUUCCGACGCGUCAAGGAGGAAGAAGUGCAAGUCGAUCCACGCCUUAAAGACAACUCUUUCGAUGCAAAGAACGACAGAAACUCGUUUGGCGGUAGGGGCGGCAACAGGGGCGGUAGAGGCGGAGAUCGUGGGGGCGGUUUCAGGGGCGGUAGAGGCGGCGAUCGUGGGGGUGGUUUUAGAGGUGGUAGAGGCGGCGACAGGAACUCGUUCGGGGGCAACCGCGGAGGCGGGUUCAGGGGCGGUAGGGGCGGAGACCGAGGCGGUAGAGGUGGGGGCGAUAGGGGCGGCUUCAGGCGGUCGUUCGACGGGAACGACGGCGGCGGCUUCAGGAAGUCGUUCGGCGAUAGGGGCGGCAGUAGGGGCGGUUUCGGUAACAGGGGCGGCAACAGGGGCGGGUUUGGCGGCAAUAGGGGCGGUUUCGGUAACAGAGACAACAGUUUCGAGUCGAAGCCGGCGGAAAACAAGAAGAUCACUUUCGACGAUUAGGCUGUCGGAGGUUGUUUUAACUGUUACGUUUUAUAUGUACGUUUAAUGCUAGAGGAUCAUGGGGUGAAAGGGCAAACUUGGACCUGAAGCACACCCGAGGUAAAUCAUUCAGACACGAGAAAACUAAGAAAAAGCGAGGUUCCUAUCGGGGUGGCACCAUUGACAUGUCUGUCAAUUCCAUCAAAUUCGAUUAGACAUCAUUUGACAAUUUAUUUGAAUAAGACUAUAUUUCUGAGGACAUGUUUAUUACUUAUAAUUAGCAAGUGAAAAUAUUUGAUUAUUUGCGAGUGUUGGAGGAAAAUCAAUUCUGCGCAUUUCAUUUAAUUUCCAAUAUUAUUCAGUGACUGAUUAUUUUGACAUGGCUUGUCGAAAAAAUUUGAUUUCGUAGUGCCUCGUAUGUUUUACUUAUUUCAAUUUAAGUAUAAGUGAAAAAUGCACCUGUUGAUUAUUUUUUUAUAAAAAUGAAAAUCAAGGCAGUUCAUAUUGGUUAAUCAAAAUAUCCACACAGAAAUAAUUGUGUGACCGUACGCAGUUUGCUGAUUUUUCAUAUUGGUUAAUCAAAAUAUCCACACAGAAAUAAUUAUGUGACCGUACGCAGUUUGCUGAUUUUUGUUGAAAUUUCCAAAAAUUGUUCAUGAAAUUGAAAUUUUAUGCAAUUUGAUACCACAAAAAUUUUAAUAAAAAAACAUGAUCAUAUGUACUAGAAAUGUAAAACUUUCCAUUGUUGUUUCGAAAUAAAUAAGACUAAAUAAUCUCAAAUUUGAAUUCAUCAAAUUGCAUAAUAUGUAUAAUAGUAAAUUUUUUUUGGUCCUCUUAGGUUCUAAGGUAGUCAUUUAAGGAAUUACAUAACUGUGAUUAUCUAUACUUAUGGAAAAAAGUUGGGGACACCAAUAUGAUAACAGUGAAAUGCCUAUAAAUGAUGAAAUAUUCAUCCCUAACUUUUUUCGAUUAGCUUAUUCGGACCUUUGGAACUGUUACAAUAGAUUAAUUGUCCAAUCCUCUGCUUCUUGGUUAAAAUGUUGACUGUAAAUAAUGUUUCCAACCCUUUGUCCGCAAAAUUUCUGUAUAAUGAAAUGUUAUUUUUUAUCGUGAAAUACAAAAUACGUAUUU